AAUUGAUCGAGCAUUUCGGGGUUGGAUGUUAGUGCUACCGCUGCCACCGCCAGCCGCUCACCUAUAAAUUAGCCGUCCGAGGAUCGAAGACGAAGAAGGAUCACUGGCUUGUGGCUGUGUCGAUUCAUGGAAGAAGGUAACCGCCGCUUCAACCGGAAGCAAUGCCGGUGGGCGCCGACUGGCGACGCCUUGGAAGUAAACAGCGGUCGCAUUGUUCGAUCCAAAGAAAGGAGGGACAGGCACAGCAAGGUGUUAACGGCCAAGGGACUGUGCGACCGCCGCCUGCGCCUAUCGGCGCACACCGCCAUUCAAUUUUACGACGUGCAGGACCACCUCGGCUACGACCGCCCUAGCAAGGCUGUCGACUGGCUCAUCCAGAACGCCAAGGUUGCCAUCGACAAGCUCACGGCUCUGUCCGGCCAUGGCCACGAUGAAGAAACGCUGACGCCAGACGACGUCAGAAUGAUAUGGUGGAACGCGAUGGCCAACUCCUGCAACGCCGGUGGCGAGGAAUUCGUUUACAAUAUGGCCCUGCCGUCGUUGCCGGCGGCACUGCAUCUUGUAAACAGGGAACCCCUUCAGUCCAGUAGUUGACCUUCUCUUCUCGGAUGGGCAAAUGCUACUCCUUUCCAUUCUCCGGCCGACGUGUCUGAGUGCUUCAAUAGUUUCUCAGAAUUCAACAUGCCAACACGAAUUGAUGGC